AUGGUGGCAGAGUCCCUCACUAUGCACCCUGUGGCUUCACCACUGGUCACGCUGAAAUUAUAUAAAAAAACAAUGGGUGUCAAAUUGACUAGCGAAUCAGAGUUUUCUGGAAACUCUGCACGGACUCCCUCCAUUCCUCUCUUGAAAUAUUUGGCAAUCUUCAUAUUUGUGAUGCCUUUUAUCAGGCAUGUUGAAGAUCACCACUUGUACUCGUUGAAUUACAUGCACUGGGGUUCUCCGAAGAUUUGGUAUGGUGUCCCAGCAGCAGAUGCCCUUAAAUUGGAAGCAGCUAUGAGAAAGCAUUUGGCUGAACUUUUUGAAGAACAGCCUGACUUGCUUCAUAAGCUGGUCACGCAACUUUCCCCCUCCAUACUAAAAUCUGAUGGAGUACCUGUUUAUCGAUGUGUUCAGAAUCCUGGAGAGUUUGUUCUGACCUUUCCUCGAGCAUAUCAUUCAGGAUUCAAUUGUGGCUUCAAUUGUGCAGAGGCAGUAAAUGUAGCUCCUGUUGACUGGUUGCCCCAUGGGCAGAAUGCUAUUGAGCUCUAUCGUGAGCAGGGCCGGAAGACGUCUAUCUCCCAUGAUAAACUGUUACUUGGGGCAGCCAGAGAAGCUGUAAAAGCACAGUGGGAACUCAAUUUAUUGAGAAAGAAUACUUCUGAUAACUUAAGAUGGAAGUAUGUCUGCGGAAAGGACGGGAUCUUAUCUAAAGCACUCAAGGCACGCGUUGAGAUGGAGCGGGUGAGGAGGGAAUUUCUUUGCAAUUCUUCACAGGCAUUGAAAAUGGAGAGCAGUUUUGAUGCCACCAAUGAGAGGGAAUGCAGUGUAUGCCUUUUUGAUCUGCACCUGUCCGCCGUUGGUUGUCACUACUGUUCACCAGACAAAUAUGCUUGCUUGAAUCAUGCAAAGCAACUGUGUUCAUGCUCUUGGGGUGCCAAAUUUUUCCUGUUUCGUUACGACAUCAAUGAAUUGACUAUUCUGGUUGAAGCUUUGGAAGGUAAACUGAGUGCAGUAUACCGAUGGGCAAGACUAGAUCUCGGACUGGCCCUGAGUUCAUAUGUAUCUAAAGAGAAUAUGCAAGUCCCUGGUAUCAUCAAUAAGUUUUCUUAUCCCCCAGAAAGAACAGCAGUAAAAGAGACGAGUUUGCUGUCACCCAUGGCUUUCUUAAAAGAGCAGAAAGUGAAAGAAAAUAUUAGUGAAAUCCCACAUUCAACUGGUUUCAAUGGUAGAACAAGUUCACCGCAGAAAGCGAAACCAUCUGGUGAGUUACCAGCUUUGAAAAAUACAAAGGCAUUUUCUGCAGCGCAUAAGUCUUCCCUUGAGGUUGAAGAGGCAAAAUAUAGUUCUCAGUGCAAGGAAGAGGGAUCCAUACAUCUGGCCCCCAAUCAUAGGAUUCCAGUUUGUGAAUCUUCCCAUGUUGACAACUUGCCUGCAGAGAAACCUGAAAUAAAGAAACCUUUGUUUUCAGGGGGCAGUGAUGUUAUACUCCUUAGUGAUGAUGAGGGAGAGGAACCCUUACCAAUUUCCAAAAGUGCAAAGGACACCUCCACAAAGCAUAUAGGACCUUCUUAUAGAAUGGCAUGUCCAAAUGAUAUUGUGAGUACGGGUAAUAGUACUAAAGACCCAGUCUUGACAACCACCCCUAUCGCUAAUAUGGCUGUAAUGGGUGAAGCGGAUCCUAGUUUGUUUAUUGAUGGGGAGAGAAUUAACUCUUCAUCUAGUUCAGAGUGUCUAAAAGAAACAGAUCUUGAUAAAACAAAAACAAAUGUUGGAUCCAGUCCACAAGACCUAUCUGCAAAUGCUGAAGACUUUUCAAGUAGAAUUGAGACUGGUGAUUGUAAUGUGGAAAAUGUGGGUAGUGACUUUCUGUUUCCACAGUCAGGUGGCAGCCGAAAACCUGAUAAUGAGGAUAGAGAUAAAAAGAUAGGAUCAGAUGCCCCCUCAAGGUUAACAGACAAUGUACAAAAUGAACAAUUUAUCCCAUCUUGUACUCAAAAUAAUCUGGACAGGUACUUUCGCCAAAAGGGACCUCGCAUAGCGAAGGUAGUGCGAAGAAUCAACUGCAAUGUUGAACCUCUGGAAUCUGGAGUUGUGAAUUCUGGAAAGUUGUGGUGUGAUGCUCGGGCCAUUUACCCCAAAGGAUUCAGGAGUCGCGUUAGGUACAUAAGCAUUAUAGAUCCAACAAGUAUGUGCUAUUAUGUUUCAGAAAUUCUGGAUGCUGGACGGGAUGGACCUUUAUUUUUGGUUUCCCUGGAGAAUUGUCCUAGUGAAGUAUUUGUUCAUGUUUCGGCUGCCAGAUGCUGGGAAAUGGUUAGGGAGAGAGUGAAUCAAGAGAUCACAAAGCAACACAAGUUGGGAAGAAUGAAGCUUCCUCCUUUGCAACCUCCUGGGAGUCUUGAUGGCAUGGAAAUGUUUGGUUUUUCUUCACCGGCAAUUGUGCAGGCUAUUCAAGCAAUAGACCAAAAUCGAGUCUGUACAGAGUACUGGAAGUCCCGGCCCCUGAUGCAUAUUCCCCAUCAUUCUCAAUCUGAAGACACCAGCAGGAACCUCUUGCUGAAGUCUGAGAUUCCAACUGAUGAGGAGUCUGGCAAGAGUGACACAUUGCUUGCCGGAGUUGAUACAAUAAUCAAUGGCCUAUUCAAAAAGGCCAAUCCGGAAGAACUAAAUGCACUGUACAGCAUCUUGAGUAAGAAUAAUUCAACAGCUGAUCAAUGCCUGGUGACUCAGCUUCUUAAUGAAGAGAUUCACAAGCGUCCAAGAUGA